AUGAAUUCUAUUACGGCACCGCUUAUCGCAGAUCUCUUCCUACUCGCGAUUUUGGCCAUUGGAAGAGACGAAGUCAAGGCCGGCACUCUUGGAGACAAUGGCAUUUUCCCUAUCGACAUCAUGAUCUUCUUCAUCACCUUGGCUUACAUCGCAAUCUCAAUCGACGCGUCUGGUCUUAUCAGAGGGAUCGCAGACGAGGAGGAGAAGACCCACGGAAACGACGACCAGGGUCAGCUUCUCUCUCUUGUCGAGAUCAUGAAUCCCUUCCUGGACAAAGGAGGCGCAGCGUUCGGUGCCAUCAUUAUGUCAGUAACUCUUGUCACCAUUGUGGCUGUCAACGCUGCCAGUGUCAAGACGAAGAAUGAUGAGCAAUUUCAGGUCUUUUGGGUGACACUGCCGGCUGCCUUCGUUAUGCUGUGUUGGGAUAUUGCAUUCGGGUGGCUCCAUCGUGAGGAAACGCGAGAAAUCUCUCGCAGAGGCCGAGAAGAGGUUGAACGGGUUCGUUUGGACAGAUUGUCGAGAGAGAAGAGGAACAGAGAGCAGGGUGAGGGAAGACAGGUGUCCAACGAGGGCGGCACAGAGAUGCUUUUGAUAACGCGGAGCUCCUCUAAACAACCUAGAGCUUGGCCUGAGACUAAAGUCGAGGACGCCGAUGCUGAUGCGAAGCCAGAACAAAACGCCUCACCCGUUGUUCCCGGGGGAGGAUCACCUCCUCUACUCACGCUCACACCUGCUGGUCCGGCAGGUGACGCGAGCAUCAGCCCGGCGCCCGAGUCAAGUUCACCCUUGGAGCUGUCCGGGUCAACUGGGGAGGGAAUGGCAGCUGAUAACACCCGGUCCUCGAGCGAUGGGCUGACUAUUUUCGAUAAAAGAGAAAGUCCUCUUUGUGCGGAUGGGUCCACGGUUUCGGCACAAGGCAUCCUGACUUCGAGUCUGAACACACCCACCAACGAGAAGCAACCAAGCGAGCCAGUGGAGAGCACAGUACAGACCGCAAUGGAGCACGACCCGGUGACUCUUGUAUCCCUCUACAAAGAUGGGUAUCGAUGGUCGCAGGAGACUUUCCCAACCGUCAUGGCUGUAAUAUCACAUCUGCCCUUCGCGCUUGUCCCGUUCGCCUUUUCCAUGUUUGUCCUGGUCCAAGCGCUGGUUACCAAAGGUUGGGUUUCCGUGUUUGCGCAUGGAUGGGACCAUUGGGUGGAAAAGACAGGAACCAUCGGAGCUGUCGGCGGCAUGGGCUUUCUUUCCGUGAUCCUCUGCAAUUUCGCAGGAACCAAUAUCGGUACAACGAUCCUUCUAUCACGGGUUAUUCAAGCCUGGCAAAGGAUACACCUGGAGCCGAAUAGCAACCAUAUCAGCGAUCGGACAUUUUGGGCGACUGUUUACAGCAUGGCGCUCGGCGUCAACUACGGCGCCUUCAGCACUGCUUUUAGCGCAUCGUUGGCAGGCCUGCUGUGGCGGGAUAUUCUCCAAAGGAAGCACAUUCAUAUCCGCAGGAUGGAGUUUGCUCGCGUUAACGUGCCGAUCAUUGCCAUCGCCAUGACCGUCGGCUGCACAGUUCUCGUGGGAGAGAUUUAUAUCAUCAGGAAGGAAACCCCUUACAGCUUAUAG